UUCCGGAACCAGUCUACCGUUUUGCCGUUUCUCUUCUUCUACGCCUCUCGGACCGGACUGCUAACAUGGACGGAUCCUGGGAGGCAUCGACCUGACCAUGAUCCUUCCUCCUCUCACCUGCGGGACGAACCAGCUCUCACAUCCAGUGAAGGCCACACCAGAGGCAUGACAGAUGAAAAAUGUCCCCAGCUGGUGGACUACUUUGUGGUGGCAGGUCUGAACCCUGCUGGGCCUUGGAGGUCCCUGGACGAAGAUGGCAGGAGCCCCUCGUCCUCUUCCUCCUCAUCUUCGCCGUUGGUUCGGGCAGUGGAGCCGGUGACGGACCUGGUGGUGAUCGCUCGGGGUCUUGGGGAGGAAGUACCAGAAGGUUUCACCUGUAUUGAGAAGACCCUGGGAGGUCACUCUGCCGAAUUGAGCGCCGGCCUUAUCAACAACCCGCACCUGUACCUGUGUUACCGGAGAGGGCGUGACAAACCGCCUGUGUUGGACCUGGGGGUUCUGUAUGAGGGGAAGGAGCAGCUGAAACAGGGCUGGUACAUCAUCGAGACCACGCCCUACAGCCGCUCAGCCAGCUUGAGUUCUGGUGGCGGUCCCACGGCACACCGGGUCUUCCUGACAUACCGCCGGGCUCUGGACUCCCAGGGCCUGCACACUCUGGGCAUCACCGACAUCACCCUGCUGAUGCCCAGCAAGGGGGAGGUGGCGCCGCACACCUUCUGUCGGGUCAACAAGAACCUUAACACAGGCAUGUGGGGUCCAGCUCUGCAUGUGUGCUACAAGAGAGCCAUGGCCAAAGCCAACGCCCUGGUGUUCGAAGCCAGUCUGAUCAGCCGAUACCCAGAGGAGAACCUGGAGGCGUUCCCCCUUCCCGAGUCGGUGCCGGUCUUCUGUCUACCGAUGGGCGUCACAGUGGAGAGCUGGCCGCUGAACUCCAAGUACCAGCUGCCCAUCUUUUCCACCUUCGUCCUCACGUCUGCCUCCGGAGACAAGGUUUAUGGAGCUGCCAUCCAGUUCUACGAGUCGUUCUCCAGGGAGCUUCUGUCAGAGCGACAGAACAUCCGGCUCGGCCUUCUUAGUGUGGUGGACCGGCGGCCAAUAACCAGCCGCAGUCUGCACACCAAGAAAAGCAUCUGUGUCCUCUCCCACUGGCCUCUCUUCACUGUCUUCCAGAAGUUCCUCACCUUCAUCUACAGAUACUCUAUUUCCGGGCCGCACAUCCUGCCACUCGAGAAACACAUCUCCAGCUUCAUGCACAACGUCCCAUUUCCUUCCCCUCAGCGUCCUCGGAUCCUUGUUCAGCUCUCACCGUACGACAACCUGCUGCUCUGCCAGCCGGUCUCCUCCCCACUCCCACUAAGCGGAGCAAGCUUCCUGAAGCUGCUGCAGAACCUUGGUCCGGGUAACGCCUGCACACUGCUGCUCGCCGUCCUCACUGAACACAAGCUGCUGCUGCAUUCUCUGCGACCCGAUGUCCUCACCUCCGUCAGCGAGGCCCUCGUCUCGAUGACCUUCCCCCUGCGCUGGCUCUGCCCCUACAUCCCUCUGUGCCCGCUGCAGAUGGCCGACGUGCUGCUGGCACCAAUGCCCUUCAUCGUCGGCCUUCACUCCAGCUACUUUGACCUGUACGACCCCCCGCCUGAAGUUAUUUGUGUUGACCUGGACACCAACACCAUCUUCCAGUCAGAAGAUAAGAAGCCAUUGUCAUGGCGAUCGUUACCCAGGAAGCAUGGAAAGAGUCUGUUCAGCACCCUGACCAACCUCCACCGGACCCUGGAGAAGAUUUGCAGUCCUGGCCAGGAGGAGGCAACACUGGAGUUCCUGCUAACAGACUAUGAUCAGAUCUACAGGCGUCAGAAGCAGCUGGAGCUGGAGAUCCAGGAGGCCUUCCUGCGCUUUAUGAGCUGCCUGCUGCAAGGAUACCGAACCUUCUUGCUGCCCAUCACACAGGCGCCUUCUGACACCACCACCGACUGCAGCUCCCUGUUCAACCUGCAGGGGUUCCUGAAGUCUCGUGAGCGAACCCAGCAGAAGUUAUACAUCCAGCUGACGAGGACUCAGAUGUUCACUCAGUUCAUCGAAGAAUGCUCUUUUGUCAGCGACCGACACGCCUGCCUCGAGUUCUUCGAUGAGUGCGUCCAGAAGGUGGAUGUGGAGAAACCGGAGGAGGUAAGGCUGAUUGACCUGGAUGAGACCCACAGUGGCGAACACACCGUCUUCAUCAUGCCUCCUGAAGAGCCGCAGGAAGCCGAUGGCUCUGAGUGUUCUGCCCGCUACAGUUAUGAGACAUUCCCCUCCCUGAAACCAGAGCUGUUUGACCGACCGCAGGACCCGCUCCGUGUCCCGGCUAAAGGCAGCGCCCCCAACAGCCCCGCCCCCCGACGGACCAAACAGGAGAUCAAGCUGGCCCAGAAACAAGCUCAGAAGUACUCUGCGGUUCCAGACAUGUGGUCCAAGUGCUUGCUUGGUCACUGCUACGGCCUCUGGUUCAUCUACCUGCCCACCUUCGUCCGGGCUGAGAGCUCCAAGGUCCGUGCCCUGCACACGGCCUACGACGUCCUCAAACACAUGGAGACCCGGAAGGUGGUGCUGCCAGAUGAGGUGUGUUACCGCAUCCUGAUGCAGCUGUGUGGUCAGUACGGUCAGCCGGUCCUCGCCGUCAGAGUCCUGCUGGAGAUGAAGAAGGCUGGAAUCACUCCCAACACCAUCACCUACGGAUACUACAACAAGGCUGUGCUGGAGUGUAAGUGGCCCUCGACCAAUCAGGGCGGUCAUCUCCGCUGGGCUAAGCUAAGGAACGUUCUAUUGGCUGUAGCUCAGUUUAGACAGCCAAUCAAACGGCAGCAGAAGGUCGACUCUGUGAGCUCCAGAGGAAGUCCAAAAGAAGCCAUGAUUGAACCCAACCAGAAGCCCCGCCCACAGUGUGCUCUGAUUCGUCAGUCCAGCUGGAGUGGUCUGAGUGAAAGCUCGAGUCACGAGUCUUUGAGUGGGUCACUGGUGAAGAGCUGCAGCCUGAGCAGCAUGAAAACAUCCAGCGACAAGCUCAGAGUGUGUAAGAAGUCCUCCAUCCUCCCCAGUUCAGCGACAAACAGGGACCCAGUCCUCUCUAAACCCCCUCUUGGACGGAGAGAAGCCUCUGCUCCACCUGCAGCGCUGCCUGGUGAAGCCGUGGUUCGGCGCAGUGAUGUCUGCCUUUCCACCUUCUACACAGAGUGUGCAGAACCUCUACUGGACUGCAGCUGUGAUCCUGAGGAGAGAUACAGCAGAACGGGACGCUCCAGUGGCAGGAACAAGGCUGGGAUUGUAGAUGAGAACUACAACCAUGUGUCGUCUCCAAACCGAGGAGGUCUGGCAGGAAAACUGCAACAGCUCCUCACACCAAGCAGACACAGAACGUCGGUACGGCGGGCCACCAGCGUUGAAAACCGCCGAUCAGGAGGAGGACGGAUCGGUCGCAGAGUGUCGGAUCAGAGGCAGUCUAGGAAAUCUCAAGUGGCUGAAACUUUCCUGAAGGCAAAGGAUCGGUUGGUGAACGCCACGUCAGAGAGCUCACUGUCUGUAGGAAGUGACCUGGACCUGACAGACCCGCCCACUGCAGCAUAUCCUCUGCGCAGGUCAUGGGACGCCAACCAGGAGGGGGUGGGGAUUGAGGUUCUGAUGUCCAGCUGCUCACUGUGCCGUAGCUGCAACUCGUUGGUCUACGAUGAGGAGAUCAUGGCGGGCUGGUCCUCAGAUGACUCCAACCUGAACUCAUCCUGCCCGUUCUGCGGCGCCUCCUUUGUCCCUUUCCUGAACGCAGAGAUCUGCGACUUGGGGCCCGUCGGCAGUGUGGAGUGCUGUAACGUGAACCUGGAGGAUGAGGUGGAGAGCGCUGUGAGACCCCCUAGUGGUCAUGAGGUGUCCCUGCGGCCUCAGUGGAACGGCCUGAGCGAUGACUCUAGCUCUGAAACCAGCUCCUACUCUGAGACUAGCAAGGCCACCACGGUGUCGUCAGUGGGAGGGACUCCUCAGGUGACAGUGGCCUACCUGAGUCCUCUGGUUUUGAGAAAGGAGCUGGAGAGCUUGCUGGAGAAUGAGGGCGAGUCUGUUCUGGCCCAACCUCAGUUUCUGGACAGCCACUCCAUCAUCUUCUGGAACCUGGUCUGGUACUUCCAGCGACUCAGCGUGCCCAGUAACCUGCUGCAGCUGGUCUGGAGCUCACCACUGGCCAGCCAGUUCACACAGUCAGAGACCUCUGCAGUAAGAGUCCGGCUCCUCUGGGACACCCUGAGCCCUGACACAGACCGGUGGCCCCCCCUCUAUGUCCUCUGGAGGAUCCACAGUGGCGUCCUAAUGAGAAGCUACAGCUGGAGGCGACACAACCACCCAUUCACCCUGUCCUUCCUGGAGGAGGUGCUUCGCUGGGUGGGCAUGAAUGAGGUGCAUAAGGCCAUAACGCUCUUCCUGGACACCCUGGAGAAGCAGCCUGGGUCUCCACAGAUCCAAAGGAGUCUCUACAGAGAAUUCCUGUUCCUGACUCUGGCAGCGAUGGGAAAAGACCACGCCGCUGCCUUCGAUAAGAAGUACAAGGCGGCGUACAUGCGGCUCUGCAGCUCUCUGGGUCAGGACGAGCUCCGCAGGAAGCGAGCUCAGCCUCCCGGUACCAAAGCCAUCGACUGCAGAAGGAGCUUCCACCCGACCCUGGAGUGCUGAGCGUUCCUGAUUCUGGAUCAGCCCUCUGUGGGAGAGGGGACAGUGGCAGACUGGACCCUGCAGCCUCCACCCGCUUCACCUGUCUGCUGCAACCCUGAGGGAAAAUCCUGAAACAGUCGGAGCAAUCGGAUCGGAGCUUAAUCAGAGAGCAAACUGAUUUUGGAUUGAUUCUUCAAGUUGGAGAUGGAGGACAGUUCGUGCACCGGCACCAGGAUCAGCUGCAUCCUGGAUCUGAACUGCAGUUAUCUUGGAAUCGUCUUCCUGAACUGGAGUGUUGUGGGAUUUCUGUUUUCCUUCCAGAGAGACUUUAAGAAUGUUCUUGUUGAAACUGAAAUGUGGAUUUAAAGCAUCAAAAAACUCCAUAGAAACUGUUUAAUUAGCGUGGAGUUGGUUUGGAUCGGCUCUCACAGUUUCCUGAAUCCACAGAUCGGAUUUAAGCUUGUUUUACUACAACUGGAAAAUGUUUUUAGGAUCAUCUUCUCUGUUUCCCCAGAUUACAAAGAAUCUCAGCGAAGCUACUGAGAUGUUUCUCCUGACAGCUUCUUCAGACUUCAGUUUUCCAACCAGCUUGGGUUUUAUCCUAAGCCCACCAGAGUUUUAGUUUCAGAAACAAAAACUUUCCAUUUUUACUCCUCUUGAUGUAGCUGCAGGUUUCAAAUAGAAAUAUCCCGUUGUUGAGCUCCAUUCAGCUCAGGGCGGGUCAGAACCACCUGGGUGUAGUUACCUCUUCUAGUAAGCUGUGAUGAGAUUCAGCAAUAUAGUUUUCCAUCUCAAUCUGAACAGAUUCUAAGAAAAUUAAAAAAAAUAAAUGUAAAAUAUUGGAGCCGUUGGAUGGUUAAAUACAAGCCAGAACCCGGACAAGGUUCUGAGUUUUUAUUGAUCGGCAACAACAUGCCGAUUCUGGGCUCAUGUGUAAAACAUUGACAUUUAUUUCUGAUUUUAAGAUCAGAAUUUUGACAUCAGAGCCACAAAUUGAGUCAGAAAAUAUUCCCGCCACCCUGAUUUAUGGUGAUCAGUUUUCCAACCAGAAGCUCGUCUCCAACAUGGCGUCCAAUAAUGAUCCAGAUCACCUGUCUGCUUCUCAGCUUUCCUCAAGAAAUCCAGUCUGGGAUAUAAAGAUAGUCAGGAACACUUUAGGACUUCACCUUCCAGCUACUUUUCCAACUGCCUCCUCAGGCAGUUCAUCACUGUGUCUUCAGUCCUCCAUGAUGGUCUUCUUCCAGCUGCAGAAGGUCUACAGCAUUCCUCCAAACCUAUUAGAAAUACACAAUAUGAUGCUGAUAAUAAUGAGAGGUUCCAGGAGGUGUCAGUGCUGCCAGUCUUUCUGAAUUGUUAAUCAGUGUUCUGACAACUGAAUAUUAUCCCAGGAAUGAUGCGUUUUUCAGAUUCAGGAAUCCAUCCUUGUUUCUGAGAAAGCUUCCCCUAACUUAACCUGCUCCCACCCUCCUGUCUCUGGUUUGGUUCUGUUCACUAACUCUGAUUGAUAGGCUGAAGGUCAGAACUCAGGACUGAAACCAGGAACGUCCUGGCUGCUCCGACACAGAGAUGUUUAUUUAAAUCUGCUGUUUGUCUAAUUUAUAUUUGACUGUGACUCACAUGGAAACGUUGCUUUUUUAACAAAGAAACCAAUAAAAGACGUCAAUGAUA